AAAAUGAAUGAAGAAAAAAUAAAUACACUGGGUUCGGAAUUACGAUUCCGAUGGUUGGAAACUUAGCCAUUUCAAAAUGAUCCAAAAGAAUAUAUUUGAUUAACAACAUUAAUAGUUGUCUUUUUUUAUACAAUAUAAAUACUAUGCGCUCUAUUUCCGUCUAACCAAAAAUAAUUAAAACUCAGGUGAAAAUACUGAUUCGCAAAGUGAUGGCACUGAUUGCUGUACAGCUUUUCUCUGUCAUUGUCAUUUACACCGCGCUAAAAAGAGACAGCGCCAACAUCGAUUGACACACAUAACGGACUCCUCCGAUUAAAAGACCUCGCCAAAUCGUCCACAGCAACACGCGGUACGCUACACAAAUCUCUCGUUUUUUUUUAUUAACCGAAAGAAAAUCAACCCCAAACAUGACGGAUAAGGUAGAACAACCCAGUGUUGAAGUCACUGAAGAAGAACCAAAAAUCAAGGAUGACAAAGCCUCCCCAGUGAAACCCGCAGAAAAGGUAGAAAAUGGGGAUGCCAAAGCAAAUGAAGAUGAGGAGAAAGAAAAAUCAUCCGAGAAUGGUGCUGAAAAAACAGAAGAAAAUGGAAGUUCAGAAUCUGAAGAAAAACCUGCCGUAAAGAGGAAAUCUACAGGCGGUGGAGAUGCAACAGACAGUGUGGACGUUGAGAGCGCCACACCAGAGAAAAAAGCCAAGCUGGAUGAAAAAGAAUCAGCGGAAGCGAAAGCAGAUACAGAAGUAGAAGCCUAGGUUUCUCUUGAAAAUAUAUUCGUGUUCAGAAGUUUCUUAUGUUUUUAUAUAUGUAUGUAAUUAAAUAAUGUAAAAUGUAGGGGCAAACCUGUGUGAAUAUUUUGAUCUAGCCCUAACAUUCGACAUAUUUUAUAACAUAACACAAAUAAUUUUAGAAAAAUCGCAUUUAAUUUUUAGUUAAUGUUGCACUUAAAAGUAGUGAAAAAUAAAGUGUCUGUUGGUCAUUCUACAAAGUUUGGUUGAUUUUAAACGGUAACAAUAAUCAAUCUUGCCAAACAUAUCAUUCUUCGGAUAUUGCAAAUAACGUACUUUCGUUUUGAUUUCACCGAAUCUAAACUAUUCGCGUUAAGUGUAUUAUCUGUUGAUAAUUUAACACUGCCUACUUUUAGUAUUUGUUUUGGGGGCCACAAGGUUUGUACCUUUUCUAGAAAGUGUCCCAUAUUCUCAAAUCAAUUUUAGUGUAAUAUACAUUGACCUAUACCUGUUGUAAUCAAUAUGUACAAUAAUAGUAGUACAAACGGCAAUUCAAUAAGUUUUAUAUUGUUUUUAUUAUAAUUAAUAAAAGUAUUUAUUUGUGCAUAUGUAGAUAAAUAGAAUUUUUAAAGUUAUACCUACCGAUUGUGGCAAAUAAAUACGUUGAAACCCACACAGAAACAAAUCCUGUAUAGAAAUAUAUUUUUAUAUUACAACGUUUUUUAAAACACACAAGGUCCUUAUUAAAAGCCAAGACAUUCUCAGAAUAAAUUAGUGACAAUCUUCCACUUCUCAAUCGCUAGACAAAAUUGGCGUUUUGAUUUUCCAUUAUGUUAAAAUUUUCCUAAGACAGUUUAAUGUGCAGAUUUACUACAUAAAAUAGUAGACCCAGUUUUAACUGAACAUAACGAUCAAGAAACUGACAUUCAAAAUAAAGUUACUCCUGUUCGAAAUGUCACUAAUUCGUUCCGAAAGAGUCACCUGGCUUUUGCAACAUGAACUAUGCUUUGUAGAAUGGCUAAAAAUUUCCUUAGGUGUUGAUGUGGGUGCCAAGGUUUCAUGGUACGUUUUAUGUACUUAAGUUUUCUAUUUGUAGUAAUGACUAUUCAUUUUUUCAAUAAAUACCACGUGUUGUGAAUCACUGUAAUAUAUAAAUUACCAUUGUGUUCUUUAAAAUGUUACAGUAAAUGGUGGCGUUUCAA